GUAGAGCGUAGAUAUGGCGUUUAGUGUUCGGUAAAUCUGAUUCAGAUUCAUGAAUAGGAAUGAAUCUUUGAAAUGAUUCAAUGAAUCUGAAACAACGGUAAAGAUUCAUGCAUCUUCAAAGAGCUUUCGAGACCUAUUGGAAAGUAUCACGCAACUGGAUGGUUUGGUUUGGCAUGGGAAGACGGUCCAUGCGAGGCUUGAACCCACAUCGGGCAUGUUUUAGGUGGCAUUGGGCAAAUUCAAUAUUUUGAAAAUCAUACAUCUCUAAUGAUUCAUUAAUUCUUGGAGAUAUAUGAUUCUUUCGAAAUUCAUCAAUCAUUUAAGAUCACUGAAGAUUCAUGAAUUCCAACACUUAAGGGGUUUUCAGGAGUUCUCAUAGCUGUGGGGCACUUUAUUAACUCCUUCUUACGGGAAAUGAACUUUAUGUAAUGGGAAUUUGACUCUAUGGCACCCUUGUUGGACAAAUGUAAUAGGAAUUUCCAAUGAGCCUGUCCAAAAAGUCUAAUUUCCAACAUAUGAAGUUUACUUCCCAUAGGAAAGAGUCAAGAAAGUGUCCCACAGCUAUGAAACCCCCUGAAAACCCCAGUAAUGGCGUUGACCUACUUCGGUAAGGCUCCGACGAGCUGAUAGUGCCCGUUUGAUGGGAUUAGGACGACCCAACCUGUACGCGGUCACUGCUAAGGGUAUAGGGCUAGGUCCCGGAUGCCUACUCAACCAUUCUGUCCGCUUGAUGUCUAUGCGACUAUGCCGCCCCAUGUAAGGGUAAAUUCCUAGUACACGGAACAAACUCCAUCCCUUAAAAAAACAUAAAAUAAAUAGUGGCUCGCAAACGUUCAGCACGCUGUGCUCGCUCCUCUCCGGCAUCGUCUGCUGCGCACGAACCCCACCCAUUUUCAACCACCCCCCUCCCGCAAGUGACCGCAAGUGUGCCACCGGUGUGUUGGUUCAAGCGGCGCACCGGUUUAGCGUGUUUCUCUCGCUCUCUCUCUCUCUGCAAGACAGCUUUGCCGCAAGACUCUCAAGAGACUCUUCGGCGGGUUUUACCCACCAUUCGAUCCAAAGCCCCACACGCCGCCCUUCUUCCCUUUGCGCGUAUCAGUGGCGUGCUGUGCGCAACGGCGAAACCCGACGGUGCGUAACGCCUCCGACCAAAAGCCCUGCCGUGUAUGGCUGUGUGUGUGUGUGUGUGUGUGUGUUUGCCUGCUUGUACCAGUCUCGCUGCGGCUGCCCGUCUGCCUGCUCGGCCAUAGCUUAGUGAGCGGCGCUACUGGCCGGACGUGUUUUGCGCGAACCCCAAUCUUUGCGGGCGCUUUUGAGAGCUUUUGUCUGCGCGCGUGACACUGAUUAGCUUUGCGCGGUGCGCAAGGGAAGCAACGCAACAGGUGUUCCGGUGUUUUCGGAUCUGCGUCAUCUUUUUGCGGGUUUUUGUUGUUGUUGUUUGUUUCUGUUUUCAUUUUUUUUUGUUGCUUGCUGUGGGUGUACCGUGCGCGGCGCGGUCCAUCUUUCCUGCGUGAGCAGCAGCCGCGCGUUCCGCAGCCAGCCAAACUGCCGGACGCUCGCGCGCAGCGGUGACGUACCUCCAGCGGUUUUUGGACGGCGGUGGAUGUUAGUUCCGUUUUCCGUUUCUGAAUGUGUGCUUUGUUUGUUUUUGUGUGUUUUUUUAUUAUUUCAAAUCUUAGUCAAGAGAUCUCCAACGUCCAGACGUGCGUGUGUUUUGCGUAAGUUUGAACCUGUGUGCGUAUGUUUGCCUAUGUGUGUGUGACUGUGUGUUCUGCUGUGAUAUAGUGCGAUUUGCCCUUGCCGAUCACGUUUCGAAGGAAUUUGGGUCAAAUGAAUUUGUUUCUCCUCUCCCUUGCUGUGCACACUCUCCGUUGUCAGAUCUAGGUAGCAGCAGCAGCAGCAUGUGUUGGUGAUUAAUUACGCCUACCACCUUGCGACGAUCAGGUUAUUUCAAGUUCAUGCAUACAUUGGUUCACGGCCAAUUGUCCCUUGCUUUUGCCUCACACCGGCUGCAUCAUUAACGUCAGGACGAAACGAACACCCUGCCACCAAUCAAUCUAGUUUUGUGUGUAUUUUGUGAAAUCCUUGGAUAUCUCAGUCACUUUGCGUUGUGCCGCGCAAAACGCCAAAUGCGGUGCCACACUUACGUGUGAGCGACGAUUCCUCCUUUCCCGGUAGACGACUACGACGACGAUUUAGAAAAAGAAGGAUGUCUCUGCACGAAUGGUAUCGCAGGCGGGAGCGGGGACUGCCGGCACGCAUCGGCGACACCGAUAUGAUCUACCGCACCAUCUUCCGGUCGCUGCAGCCGAGGGCACUGUCGGCCGAGCUGUCGCACCCGUACCGGUGCGGGCAGGACAGUGGGGCCAUCUGCAAUCUGGAGUUUUCGCCCGAUGGGACGCUGCUGGCCGCUGCCUGUGAAUAUAAAUCGAUCGUGCUGUUCGAUCCGCUCGCGGAAAAGCAGGUGAGCGCCGUCAGCAAUGCCCACGAUGGCAGCGUCAACUGCAUCAAAUUCGUCGACAGCCGUACCUUUGCGUCCUGCUCGGACGACACCACGGUUGCGCUGUGGGACGCGCGCAACCUCUCGACCAAGCUGCGCACGCUGCACGGCCACAGCGGCUGGGUGAAGAACAUCGAGUACGCGAAGGGUGCCGGCGUGCUGCUCUCCUCCGGGCUGGACGGGCUGGUGUACGCCUGGGAGCUGAACAACAGCACCGAGCAGGGCUGCACUUACCAGCGGCUGCUGUACAUGCCCGGGCUGAUGCGGUGCCGGCUCGCGCCGGACGAGUCGCGGCUAGUGCUCUGCACCGGCACCGGCUACCUGAUGCUGGUGCACGACCUCGACCUGGCCAGCCUGGCCGGUGAUCUCGUCGACUUUCGCCCAAACAUACAACGACUGAACCUGAUGCGCAAGCAACGGGUCCCGCUGGGCGCACGCAAGACUCCCGCGGUCUCCCACAGAAGAAAGAGAAAUCGUAUCGAGUUUGUGAGCGACUUUCCACCCGGCGACGAUGCGGAAAUGAUUAGCGGCUUGACGCUACAUCCUCAAGGUUGGUGUGCUCUUAGUAGAAAUAUUUCAUACGACGAGAAGACAGAGUGGUCUGUAGUGCACGAUAUACAAAGCUGGAGCGAGAAUGAGGAUGAAUCGGACACGGAGAAGCAGGAACCGGAUGAACUGAACACGGAGGAUAGCCAAGAGCCCGAGCAGGAAGAUGUGCCCCAACAGGAGCGAAGCAACUGCACCCGAUCGAUGGAGGGUUUCGGGCGAGAUCCUAAGCGAGAACCAAGCGAAACGGUACUAACGGAAGCGACAUGGUGCAACGGAGCUACCGAGCGGAAUGUGAUCAACAAUGCCUUUCCCAGUCACUCCGGUGCUCCGUGCCCCAGACUUGCUGAAGUCCCGUUGCAACCCACCAUAAGACUGUCGCCGCCCGCCAAGGGAGGUCGGGCCGGGUCCGCGUGGUCGGAACCGGUAGCGAGCAAGCGGACCGCCGGGCACAGUACGGACGGGACCGGCACCCGGCUGCUCUACUACAUCCAGGAGUCGAACAAGGUGGAGGGCUACAUGCGGGAGGCGUGCUUCUCGCCGGACGGGCGGGUCAUCUGUUCGCCGCACGAUGACUACGGCGUGCGGUUGCUGGCGUUCAACGAGCAGUGCAACGAGAUGCGGUACGCGCGCCAGUGCCUGGCGAGCGGCAGCGAACCGGCACCGCUGCGGGAGCUCAGGUACAAGCCGUGCUAUCCGCACGUGGUCAUCAGCAGCCAGUUCAGUCCCCGGUUUCCGCUGCUCGUGACCGGGUGUCUGCUCGGGAACGUGGUCUGGAAUCUGCCAGUGUUAAGCUAGGGGCUGUGCCUUUGACCGUUAAGCGCUUGGGGAGCGCCGGUACUGAACUGAAGUAUACGAGAAGAACACAGUGGGAGAAGGGAAGGGGGGAAGGUAGGAGCGAGGGUUUGGGAAAAUGAAAAAUAAAUCGUGGAAAAAAACAACCAAUGUACAAAAAACAAA